AUGAGACAAAAUGUUCUGUCUGGUGUAAAUAUUGGUGGUAUUGAGGUGGGUGGUUCCAGUAGUGAUGUUAAGGCUGAAACCAAGCAGAAAGCUUUGGGAGGGAAAGCGUCGGAUAGGAAGACUUUGUUUUACUUGAAGGACGCACCAGGUGCAACCAUUUGCUGUGUGUCAGUUUCCUCAUCUGCUGGCGGGCAAAAAGCUUGUGGAGAGAAGAAGGACUCAGCAACGAACUUGUGUGAUAUUGCCUCGCACAGCUCGUUAGUUCUGAUUGAUAAAUUGCAGUUUCCAGCUUUGUACUGCUGCUGCAAAAAGCUGGGAAGAGGAGGGGAGACGUUCUAUUGGGACUCUAUGUCCCAUGUUGGUGAAAUGGGAUCUUAA